AUGGAUGCCAGUUCGCAUACGACUACGAAUGCUACAGAAAAAGGUAACGACAGCACAAUAAUGAAUUCAUCCUCAACAGCCACUACAACUGCUGUGACAACAACCGGUGUUUCAGCCUCAGUGAACGCAUCAGACAUAACAUCUAACGCAACAUUUAAUCGAACUGAAAGUGAAACAACAGUUUCUUUCGGUACAAGUACGACUUCCACUACCGUUGCUGUAUCACCAACAAGUAACGACAGCACAAUAAUGAAUUCAAGCUCACCAACCACUACAACUGUUGUGACAACAACCGGUAAUGGUAACACAACAACGAAUUCAACGUCACCAACCAUUACGGUUGCUGCACCAACAACCGGUAAUACCAGCAUAAUGAUGAAUUCAACCUUACCAACCCCUACAGCUGCUGCGACAACAACCGGUAAUGACAGCACAACAGUGAAUUCAACCACACUAGCUACUACACCUGCUGCGGUAACAAACGGUACUGACAGCACAACAAUGAAUUCAACCUCUCCAACCCCUACAGCUGUUGCGUCAACAACCGAUAUAUCUGAUUUCAUUUGGAUUAUAUCCUGA